AUGCAACAACAGACAGUACAACAACUUGCCAUACCACAACAUGACCCGGCCAAGAAUUCAAUUUUUGCGUCUACUAGUAUGUCAUUGCAAGAAGUAAAUCUAUAUACAAGAAUAACACCAUCAGCUCCAACCUUAAUUGAUAUAUCUAGGCGAGUAUAUUUUGAGUUGUAUCUAUAUGACCUGAACGUGCGUAAAAGGAUCCUACCUGAAUAUCUGGAUUAUUAUAGUACCAGCUUACUAUGGUUCAGAUUUGUUUCACUUAAGCUGAAACUCUUUCACCCUAUCACUCCUGAAGAACGAGAGUUGUUAUUAAUUUUACAACAAUCUAGUUUUUCAAUUCCUGAACCAAUACUAUUACAACUUCAAGUAUUUGGUUCCAUACAAACAAUAACAGGAGAACGCCUUUAUCCAUGGUUUCCAAAAUUACCUACUUAUCAAAUUGGUGAAUAUGGUGGAUUCUAUGGACCUGUAACAACAGAUAAUCAUAAUCUGUAUGAAGAACUACCUUGUUUAGGGGUACUGAGUGAAGCCGUAAGACGAAGUAUAAGUGAUACUCCUCCUGGACCAUAUGCGUCAUCUUUAAAUACAGAUGAAUUGACUAUGACUGAAAAUCUAUUAGGUUAUCUACCAUUAGGAAUAAGAGAUAACGAAGCAAAAGACAUUGCUUUCAAUGCUGGAAUUAAAGCUGAUUCAUUUCCUUGUUAUCCUUAUAAUACUGGUGUGAAUUUAAAGCUAAUAAUGUCUAUUUCCAGUAUUAUAGCACAGACAAAAAUUUUCGAGUUAUUUACAGUAAAUUUCAAUGACUUGGCUAAGGAAGGAUCUGUAAUUCAAACAAUUAUGGUACAUCCAGUUCCACCAAAAAUCCGUGGCCAACAAGAGAAACAUGGAAACCUGGAAGUAACGUCUUUAAUGGGUGAACAAUUCUUAUUUACUGCUGGAAUUGUAUUCUGCACUCAACUAUGGAAGAAAGGAUCGACUAAAAUGAGUGCAAAAUCUUGGUCAUGUGCUAUUCCAGUUAACAGGACAUGGAUAACAAAUAGAAAUGAGAGAAGAAACACUCUUCCUCUUCAAUAUAGACAAGAAGUUUUCAGAUUGACAUCUGAAUUUGGUCAAAGUUAUCGGACUCAAAUAAUAAAAGUUUUUAUGAUGAAAAAAAGGAAUGCAACACAACAGCAUUAA